ACUUCCGUUUCCGGUCCUUAGGAUUUAUAUAUUUAUUUCAUUUGUUUGCAAUGCGUUUUGUUUGUGUUUACUUGAAAUAGUAUGACAGACGUCGGGUCAUUAGCUGAGGCAGCUAGAAAAAGGAAAGAAAGACUAAAAAAUCUAAAGGGCAAUCAAAAUACAACAGAAUCUGAAGUUACUGAAUCAGAAUUAUCGGAAAAGUUACCAAAACCAGUUUUUAGAAGCUAUAGACCACAUGAUGAAAACCUGAAAGAAUCAUUAUUGCCGACAACAAAACCUGAAGAUGUGACAGUGAAGGUUAAAGAUCAGCUUGAAGCUACAAAGAUUAAAGAUGUUGUUGAGGAAGUGGAUUUGAUGAAUCUGGCACCUAGAAAACCAGACUGGGAUCUUAAAAGAGACAUUGCAAAGAAGUUAGAAAAAUUGGAGAGAAGAACCCAAAGGGCUAUUGCUGAACUUAUAAGAGACAGAUUACAGAACUCUGAUCAGGAUCUUGCUCUAGUUGUUAAUGCAGGUGAAGCUAUUGCUAGAACUGAAGAAGAUGAAGAUGACUGAUGACUUUGGUGAACAGAAAAUGAUACUUGUUACUGUACUUCAUAAAUGAAGAUAAAUAAUAAGUGUAUUCCAAUUAACUGAACAACUGACUGUAUCUAAAUCAGUUAAUGUGUUAAUACUGUAAAGAUAGACAUUUCUUGUGUAUGGAAAUCCUAAAGAUUACUGGGAUUUAAAGAUGAUGAAUGGAGAGUAAAUAAAAUAUCAAAAUAUGAAAAA